UCCUGCAUUACCACAGUUUUGGUCAUUUUUCAUAGUGAACAAGAGGCUAUUAAUAGAAAGUUACGUCACAGCUCAGUGCAGCAGCAGAACAUCAUAAUCACAGUUUAGCAGAGAUCUGCAGGUCCCUCCUUCUCCCAUAUGGACGGGGACCACGCAGCACCACGUGACCCGGGAGCACUGGACUGAACGAGCCCCUCACACCGCAUCAUGGCUGUGGAGGAUGAGGCCGCGCGGUUCCGAACCGGAGCCCUGUUCUCCCGCGGGGCUCCUCUCUCUCCGUCCCGGGUGCUGCUGCUCUCCUUCUCCGUCAUCUCCCUUCUCCCCGCCCCGGCGCUGGGUUUGCUCGGUUUUCGGCCGGAGGAGACCGGGGCGGAGCUGUCCGUGCAGGAUGGGGUGCUGAAAACCACCGAGGGAACCCGCUUCAUGCUGCGGGUUUACUACUCCACCUCCCCGCAGAGGCUCAACCGAACUGCGGGAACUCGAGCCAACAAUGCCGCGCCCUGGAUCGCCUUCAUCGAGGAACCAACUCCCGGGAGAGAGGGGCAAGUUCACCCGAAGAGGAACAUGUGUAUGGACAAGAACGCCAGGACGUCCGACAUCGAGGUUUUGGGAUCUUUUAAGUCCGCUUCCAGUCAGAACUCGGUGCUGGUAGAGCUGCUGGCCAAAGAUCUGCGGAGAGGGGAGAAGAUCAAGUACUACUCAAUGUGCGCCUUCGACGGAUCCAAAUGGGAGCACUACCGGACCAGGGACUUCUGGUUGGCCGUGUCGGAGCGCUCUGCGGUCCCGGAGCUCUGGCUGCAGGUGCUGGUGUCCGUCCUGCUGCUCGGGCUGUCAGCUUUGUUCAGCGGACUAAACCUGAGUCUACUGGCACUGGACCCGGUGGAGCUGCAAGUCCUGCAGAACAGCGGCACCGACAAGGAGCAGAACUAUGCGCGGAAGAUCGAGUCAGUGCGUAGGCAUGGCAACUACGUCCUGUGCACUCUGCUACUCGGCACUGCGAUCAUCAACGCGUCUCUGGCCGUGUGGAUGUGUCAGAUCCUAGGUAUGACCUGGCUGUCCACGGUCAUCUGCGCCUUCGGGAUCUUUUUCAUCGGGGAGAUUCUUCCGCAUUCGGUGGCGUCGCGUCACGGACUCGCCAUCGCCUCCAAAACCAUCUGGGUAACGCGGCUGCUCAUGGUGCUCUCUUUCCCCAUCUCCUACCCGAUCAGCAAACUGCUGGACCUCAUUCUUAACCAGGAGAUCUCUAACUUCUAUACCCGGGAGAAGCUAUUGGAGAUGCUGCGCGUCUCAGAUCCAUACCACGACCUGGUCAAAGAGGAGCUCAACAUAAUCCAGGGCGCGCUGGAGCUGCGCUCCAAGACCGUGGAAGACGUCCUGACGCCGCUGACUGACUGCUUCAUGCUGGCCUCGGACGUCGUGCUGGACUUUAACACCAUGUCUGACAUCAUGCAGAGCGGAUACACGAGGAUCCCCGUGUUUGAGAACGAGAGGUCCAACAUAGUGGACAUCCUGUUCGUGAAGGACCUGGCCUUCGUGGACCCGGACGACUGCACCUCUCUUAAGACCAUCACCCAGUUCUACAAACACCCGCUGCACUGCGUGUUUAAUGACACCAAACUGGACGCCAUGCUGGAGGAGUUCAAGAAAGGAAAGUCUCACCUGGCCAUUGUGCAGCGAGUGAACAACGAGGGCGAGGGCGACCCUUUCUACGAGGUAAUGGGCAUCGUCACGCUGGAGGACGUCAUAGAGGAAAUCAUCAAGUCAGAGAUUCUGGAUGAGACGGACCUCUACACUGAUAAUCGCACAAAGCGUCGCGUUUCUCACCACGAGAGGAAGCAGCAGGACUUCUCCAUCUUUAAACUGUCUGAGAAUGAGAUGAAGGUGAAGAUUUCUCCUCAGCUUCUCCUGGCAACUCACCGCUUCCUCUCCACAGAGGUGGAGCCCUUCAAACCAGCUCACAUCUCAGAGAAGAUCCUGUUGAGACUCAUCAAACACCCCAGUGUGGUCCAAGAACUCAAGUUUGACGAGAAAAACAAGCGAGCGCAGCAGCACUUCCUGUUCCAGCGCAACAAACCAGUGGACUACUUCAUCCUGGUGCUGCAGGGAAGAGUUGAGGUGGAGUUUGGAAAAGAGGCUCUGAAGUUUGAGAACGGAGCUUUUUCCUACUUUGGAGUACCUGCCAUUAUGCCAGCAGUCCACAGAUCCCCGUCGCGAAGCAGUGGUCUGGACCGCUCUGAGUCCAUGUUGUACGGAGGAAGCAUGGGGCAGCUGAACGGAGGGGGGAACGUAUAUCUGCCCGACUAUUCUGUCAGACAGCUCACACCCCUACAGAUCAUCAAGAUAACACGGAGUCACUACCAGAACGCUGUAACAGCCACACGGAUGGACAGCUCUCCUCAGACGCCCGACGCUGACGCCCUUCUGACAGAAAGUAACACCCUGACCCCAGAGCCCCCAACUACAGAGCACUCAGCCACCCUAAUGCCCCCGCAGCACACCACCACCACCACCACCACCCUCAUGCCACCACCCAGAGAGCUAGGCCGGCCCACAUCAGCCCGGACCAGAGGACAGCAGUCCAGCGUCCCUCACAGCACCUCGCUGCUGAACGAGAAGAACCGCAUCGUCCGAAGUAAGUCUGACGGCCAGAAGAGUCCGAGUGAUUCAGUGUUUCUCAGGAUGGAUGAGAUCCCCUACAUCAGGGAGGACAGAGCAGAAGCUGAGCCACACUCUGAUAUCACCUCUGUUCCCAUAGAAACGGACACCUCGCCUUUCAUCAGCAGCCUGUCACUGAGUGGCUCAGAGGACACACUUGGCAAGAAACUCCUGCUCAAACUCAGUCAUAAGAAGAGGAAAAAAUCUCGCGAAGGAGAGAAAACUCCUGAGGAUACUUCAGAGCAGCCGCUGGUGAAAACCUAGCAGAAUAUGUGUGUGUUUCAUACACACAACUCUUCAUUUUCUGUUUCUAUUGACAAUGUGGAUGCUGAUCUAUUAGAUUUGUAUCUAAAACAACACACUCCACACGUCCCUGCAGUAGGAGAUCAUUAAGUGGACCCAGCACGAGGAAUGUACUCGACAUUUGAUGGAAUGAACCAUUUUAUACAAGUACGGGGAGGUGUAGCUUUUGGCAAUAUUUUCCUUAAAACAGUAGCUUCUCAUCUUCACGGGUUUUUCUUGCUGAUACUUGUAUAUUUAAGAAUGACUGUGAAUGUAAUAGAUUUCUAGAAAAAUAUUUUGUUUUAUACACAAUAUACCCACCUGGUGAUGAUUCUCCAAUGGAGCUAAAGGGAAUAACGGCACACAGGAAACGGAUUGAAGGCACCAAAGACGUUACUGUUUUGUACAUACUGCUCCAAUUGCACAGAGAGUAUCCUGAACGAAGGGAAGAGAAAUGGCUGCUUUGAAUUCAGUUAUGUUUUGAAAACUAAAAAAUGCUUGCUAAUUAGAUCUGUUGUCUUACAUGUUGUUUUAGAGACUUUAUGGUUUUCAAAAUGUUUCAUUACUUCUAUACUUUCCCAUACCAUGUGUUUUAAAACGAUACAAUCUCCAAUUUUGUGUAAUGAUUGAUAGUAUCUAAAAGUACCGAAAAGUUUUUUUUAAAACUACAGAUUUUAAGUCAUAUUUUAAGCCAAGCUGCCUCAAGAGAAGAAGCAGACGGGUCAAAUUCACAGGUCAGCAAAUACUCAAAUACAGAAUUGAGACAGUGUGCACGAGUUUGCUUGCAAUAUUGCUAUUUGGUGCCUAUGAUGUUUUUUGUACCAUGGUAUGGACGGAUAUUGGUAUUGAGUGAUUUUUACAACCAUCAUAUCCAAGUUUAGAGUCAACCCUAAUUUUGACUUUCCAUUUAUCUACCACAUCUUACCUUCAAUGUACUUUCUUCUAUGUUACAGUCAAAGGUAUAUGGCAACUGCUUUUCCUUCACUAUUCUACUUUUCCGUUUCUUUAUUUUUCGCUAAACUUCUCUUGUCUUUACCCCUAAAGCUUUAUUUGUCAAAACCUGAGCCAUCCCUUUUGAAGAAAAACAACUAUCUUCUAUUUCUUUUCUUUUUUUUUAAUGGGCCUGAAAGGACACUCAGACAAGUAUUGAAUACAGAAUAGACUGCCGAUCUGGGUCUAGAUCUCAGAGAUUCCUGGUCAUCCUUUCAAUCAGUUACAUUUUAUUCUUCACACAAUCUGUGACCACUAAACCCCUUCAAAUAAUCAUCACUUGAGCUCAGCCUGUUUUUAAUAAGAUCACAUGUUUUAAUGAAUGAAUCUCAUUCAUGCAUGGGCUUUUCUUAUUUGAAUGUCAAAAUUUUGUGUUUUCCAAGAUAUAUUUCAUUUUAAUGCUUUGUGUGAUUUAUAUAUAUAUAUAUAACAUUAUUAUUAAAUAUGAAUGUUUUCUCUUCAUUAAGAACAAAAACGGAAUUUCUGAAACAUAAUGCAAACUAGUUCAAAUGAAUGUGUCCAGUGUCCUAGAGUUUUCUUUCAAAUACACAUUUCUUGCCUCUUGGCUGCAUGGAUUUGAAUGUGAGAUAACAGAUUUGUUAAUUGAUUUACAUUUUGAGGAGACAAAGCUUAAACUGCAGAGUUUGUCCAGCAUGAUUCAAUGCCAACAACAGUCCUUUUAGAGAGCUUGCUCCUCGUUCUCUUUUGCUGCAGUGCCAACCUAGUCUUUUGUAUAACAGCAAUACUGAAAACGCUUAAUAAUUAACUGAAGUGAAAAGGCAGAUCUAAGGAGCAAAAACUAAGAGCAGGUGUGUUUAUGUCAAUCCUAAACACCAGCUGAUUUGACUUUUUUUUUCACAUUGUACUGUGUUGAAUGAACUCAGUGAGAUGUUGCUUUUGAUGACUCUUUCAGAGAACAUCUCUGAAUGGGAAAGUAAAGGUAUACAUUAAUUACGCGUGGAUUCCUUUUAGCUGCUUGGAUUUCAUGUCUGCAGAGAAAAACUAAUUUGUAAAUCAAGAGGUACUUCUACCAGGCCUUUGGUAGAUGAUUUGGCACUUUUUAAUUAGAAAAAAUAGUAUUUAUUCAUGUCAUGUAAAGCUGCAACAACCAGUCAAGUAAGCUGUUUUAACAAUUAGGGCCAAUUUUAAGACGAUUUCUUUCAGACAUCCAUGGCAGAAAAUGCCUCUCAGAUAUGGAGAGUUAAUGCUUUUCUCUGCUUAAUGUCUAACGGAACUGAUGAUGUUUUGUUUUUUUGGACAAACAAAAUCAAAAGUCCCUUCUAUGAAGCUCAUUUUGGAGUCCUUACAUUGAAGCUGUUUCUGUCUAAAUUCACACAGGACUAACUGCAUGGAGAGUGUUGAUUUCAGAAGGAUAUCAAAAGAGAAACUAGUCUAAAAAUGUAUUUUUGUCUAACAUCUAACAACUGAUCAGGGUCUAUGUCCUAGAAAUGUAUUGAACUUUAAGUGUCUGAAGGUUUUGAUUGCUUCUGCAGCUGGAUAAAUGGACCAGUUCUUCGUCCAUGCAUAUGCAGUUCUGAUUGUGUCCCUGAACCUGUAAGGUCACUGUUUUUUUCUCUGCAUGAUAUUUAGAGAACGGGAUGGAUGGGCGUGGCACUGUCUGACUAUGUUUGUGCAGGAUAGGAUUUGUGCCACUGCAGCACACAGGAGGAGG